AUGUCCAAUCCCAACGACGCUUCGAUUCUCGGCCUAGCUCGGCAGAUUCAAACCAACGCCAGUACAAUUUCCGAAUACUUGCGGCAGAACUCCCUUUCCUCGCUCUCGGUUGCCGCAGACGCAUACCCAUUCUUCCCUGGGACUGGACCGACUAAUGGCGACAGGUAUCCACGGCUCGAUGAGGACAUUUUUGAUGCGCGAACCCAACUCCGAGAAGCAUGCGGUACCCCGCUGCAGUUAGUUUUGGGUUCAGCGGAAGCGUCUCUGAGUCUUUUGCUUUCGCAUUUCAUGUCGGCAUGUAUGCAAUACAUCUAUCAUUAUCGGCUCGCUGAGGGAGUACCUGUCGCCGGGGACAUAAGCUACAAAGACCAUGCUGCCAAGAUCGGCGCGUUAGAGGGUCAACGUGUCAGAAGCGCUGAAAUAUGCAAUAAUCCAGAAUAUAUUUCGGCAAUUAAGAGCGGGGAUAUGGUCGGGUACGCGACCGAGGAGAGCUUCCUCGCGGCUCUAAAACUCGCCGAGGCAGUGGACAAGCAUCCAGGAAGCCAAGAGAAAAACACGAUGGCAUGGAUUCUGGGCCACAACACCGACCUCCCAAUGUUCGUGAGUACUUCGAAAGGUAUCCUGCGCGGUUACAACGAAGCAUUCGACUGGAAAGCAUUGGGCGACGGACUCGUGGCCGAUGUGGGUGGUAGCUCUGGACAUUGCUGUUUUGAGGUCGCCGAAAUCGCGCCAGAGCUAAAGUUCAUCGUACAAGAUCUUGAAAAGGUGGCGACUCAAGCUCAGCAAGAGCGAACCAGCGACAAGCAUGCCGAACGAGUCGAAUUCCAAACACAUAAUUUCUUCACACCGCAGCUUGUCAAGAACGCCGAUGUGUAUCUGCUGAGGUUCAUCUGCCACGAUUACUCCGGCAAGUAUGCUGCGCAGAUAUUGAGCAAUAUAACCCCCGCCAUGGGCCCCAAUAGCAGGAUUGUGAUCGUUGAUGCCGUCAUGCCUGAGGUAGGUGUCUUGAGCAAGGCCGAUGAAAUUCGAGCAAGAGUUUUGGAUAUAGAGAUGAUGCUUAGUUUUAACGGGUGCGAGAGGGACGAAAGUGGCUGGAAGGCAUUGUUUGAGCAGGCCGAUCCGAGAUUGGAGCUGCGCAGCACCAAGAAAAUACCUGGCAACAUUCAUGGCGUGAUGGAGGUGGGGUUAAAGAAGUAUCUUCUACAUCAGAGUUGA